GAGGUGUCGCCCGGGCGCAGGCCGGAGUUUGGCGCGAAGCCCUGCGCGGGACUUCUGGGAGAGGAAAAUGACAGCCCCAGGCUUGCGGCCGAUCACCCGCAAGCUACUGGAGCUUACCGGGGCGUUGCGGCGCGUGAACCGAGCUUGCAGCACGUUCCAAACCUUCGCGGAAGUUCUCAGGCUGCCCAAGAGACAAAUGACGAAGCUCGCGUUCCCACUACAGGAACUCCAGCGGCACCUCACUCCAGACGCGAGGUUGGACCUUCACGUGAAGAUCUUCGACCCGAGCUUGGAGGACAUCUCCAAGGCGGAGAGCGUCUUCACGGCCACCGGCCGCAACCGCAUCGAGUACCUCAGCUCCGCGGUGCGUCUCGACCACGCCCCGGACCUCGCCCACCCUGAGGUGUGUUUUAUAGGCAGAAGCAAUGUUGGAAAAUCCUCUCUAAUAAAAGCCUUAUUUGCCCUGGCUCCAGAGGUUGAAGUCAGAGUCUCCAAGAAACCGGGGCACACAAAGAAAAUGAAUUUUUUCAAAGUUGGAAAAUAUUUUACAUUGGUGGACAUGCCAGGUUAUGGUUAUAGAGCUCCCGAAGAUUUUGUUGACAUGGUAGAGACCUAUCUAAAAGAACGAAGGAAUUUGAUGAGAACAUUUCUGUUAGUGGAUAGUGUUGUCGGAAUUCAAAAAACCGACAGUAUUGCCAUAGGAAUGUGUGAAGAAUUUUCAUUACCUUAUGUGAUGGUAUUAACAAAAAUUGACAAAUCUUCCAAGGGACAUCUUUUAAAACAAGUACUUCAGAUCCAGAAAUUUGUUGACAGUGAAACACAAGGAUGUUUUCCUCAGUUGUUUCCUGUAAGUUCCGUGACCUAUUCUGGAAUCCAUCUGUUGAGAUGCUUUAUAGCAGAUAUAACGGGGAAUCUUAAGACUGAUGGCUUUGGCCAACUGGAGUUGAAUACCUAGAAUUUCAACAUUGUUUUAAAUGUUGUGUAUCUGUAAUUUGCAGAAGGAACAUUUCAGCUUUAAAACCUGCAUCUUUCCAAAGCACAAAUGAAUUUGUGCUGGGGAAAAAGAUCUUGUAAAUAAUUAAAUUGUGCAGUUCAUUAGAACAGAUACCCUUCUUAUUUUAACAGCGUUUCUGUUUUAACAAACUGACAAACAAGAGCAUAUAGAAGUCCAUAAUAUGAAAACCUAUUUACUACUAUGUAGAGAAUGGUUUUUAUUGGGCUUUUGUCUUUUAAAGAAAAUGUCUGUUAUGUAUAUUUAAGUAUUAAAAUGGACUAGGUAAAAAGGGGCUACUUUUCUGUUGAGCACUUUCAGGUAGAUGGAAGAUAAAUGCUUCUCUCUAUGCCUAUAAUUAGUCUUUUAUCCAAGUCCUUAUUUGAAUAUAAAAUAUUCUUGAUAAAAUUUCAGUCAGUCCAUGCUGAAAACAUCAGUCUUUGCAAACUGGAAUCAUUCACCUUCAAGUGAACAGGGAUUCAGAAUCAGAAGAUCAGAAUUUAAGUUCCAGUUCUAGUAUUUAUUAGUUUGGGCUUUGGGCAAAUUACUUGAUUUCUCUGCCCUUAAUUUAUAAUUCACAAAGCUACAGAGAUUAAAAUGGUAUUGUAUGUGUAAAGAAUAUCUGUAUACUCUGUAUAUUCGUAAAGUGAAACCAACGAAGAAUACAGCAAAAUUCAGAUUUAUCACAGAAAGCCUCUUGUCAUAAAGGAGGUAACAUUUUCUCUACUGAAAGACAAAAACCAAGGACUAGUUUUAAGUGAGAACACUGAUAUUUGCAAAAGGGAGAAGAAAAAAGUUGAUGGACCAGUGUAGAAUUGGUACAGUAAGAUUCACAAUGGAAAGAUAAAGCCGUACUUUGAGCUAAAGUUAACAGAAAAAUUUUUUAUGAAGAUGCCACUGACCUGUUCGUGUAAGUGGCAUAGCUUUUCAGGUGAGGCUGAAUAUUAAGAUUAUAGCAGUAGCCCUGGUUAAAAACUAAGUCUGUAAAACAAGUUUGUGGCCUUUUUAGGGAAUUCAAUUAUGAAUAUAUUUUCAGUUUUAUAAUUGAUAAUCCUGGUCUAUUCUACCACCAGUGUUUUAAGCUGAAAGAAACAAAAAACUUUAUGUAGGCAUUCACAAAGUGAAAUAUAUGGUGACAAUAGAACAAUCUUAGAAGUCAUCAUUUUGCCUGCCAGUAUUACUUUACUCUUUAUCUUAGCCUUAGUUCUCCUAAAAGCAGAGCCCAAGACAAGUUUGCAUACAGUCGUUUAUUUGGCAAGUGACCCCAGGGAAUAGGAGUGAUGGAAAAAGGAAACAGAAGAAAGGAAAGUCAACCAAUGAUGCAAGAGUUGGACAUCACAUAGGUACUAGUCUUGAUCUUGAGGCACCUUUUGGGGAGACUUAGGAAAUGUGCCUCUGUGUUGCCUUUGAAGUGGGGAGAAGGUGGCUCCACACUUCUUCCAACUUGUGCGUGCCUAAGGGCCAAGCAGUUCCUGCAACUUGUCAGGAGCAUGAGAGAGGUCUCUGGAACAUCAUGCAAAGUGCAGUUUUCCACUCCUACUGGAAACUGGUGGCCACAGGAGUGGCUGAAGUAAGGCCAAGAGGAUUUGGGCAUGGGAGGUCUCACCACAGUGCUCUUAUGAAUGAUCUAAGUGUUUUAAUGCUACCAGAGGGGUAAAACCAGUAUUUACGAUGACACUAACAGUAUUUCUUUUUCUUUGGUUGGGGUAUGGAGACCAGAGGGAGAGGGAAAAAACAGAACUUUAAGGGGGUUCCACACUCAGCAUGGAGCCCAAUGUGGGGCUCAGUCUCAUGACCCUGAGAUAAUGGCCUGAGCUGAAAUCAAGAGUUGGGUAGUUAACCAACUGAGCCACCCAGGCACCCCCACUAACAGUAGUUUCUAAUCUAAUUUACUAGUAAGUUAUGGUUUGUAUAUUUUAGAUUUUACUUUUAAAAAUUUAAGAUAUUGGAAUUUCAAGUUGUUUGGAAAGAUUAACUGAUCUAAGAUAUUACAUUUCUUAUAAAUAUGUAUAAAAUAUCAUUUGGUGAACACAUGUGAAGCUUUUUUACUAUUCCCCCAGAAUUCUAAGGAGCAAGAGAGCAGAAGAGGAGAUGAGGAAACUUACUCCAAAGGAACAUUAAUUAAAUAGAAAAAAGUGAUAGGCCUGUAGUUCAAUCCAGGCUCUAGCCUCCAUAGACAAAUCACUGAACACUCUGGUUUUCUCACUGAGGGAAAAUCUCUUUGAACACUUCAAGUUUCUGAUUCUUGAACAAUGAUGCCACUUCAGAUGAAGCAGUCAAAGUCCAGGGAAACUAACUAUGUGGAUUCAUCUGCAAAUGAAAACAGAAGCAAGACUGGACCUUAAAUCUUAAAAUCACAAAAGCUGAUGGCUAUGGCUAGACUUGUUAUAAAUGAGAUCUCCCUAGUAUUAUCUGUGUUUUAAGGUACUAAGUAGCUACUAUCACUUGGUAGGAAGCCAGGAAAAAUAUAAACAAUGAAAAGGGACUAGAAGUGUAUUAAGAACUUUGAAGUAAAUCAGGAUGUUUGCAAGGCUUCAGGAAAAAAAGAAUCUAAAGUGGUGUUUGACUUUGCUUUGCAGGCUACUUGCAUCAGAUCACCUAAGCGCCUUGUUAAAAAUGCAGGCUUAUGGGCACCUGGAUAGCUGAGUCAGUUGGGCAUCUGACUCCAGAUCUCGACUUGGGUUUUGAUCUCAGGCUCCAUGAGGUCAUGCAGGCUUCUGUCCCUGUCCCCUGGCUGUGUUUAUCAGUCUCUUCAAAAGGGAAUCUGCAUUUUAAACAACCCACCAAGUGAUUCUCAAAACAAGAACCCCCAGUAGAGAUAAGUGGGAAAGGUGCAGAAAGAACAAGUCCAGAUCAAGAAUGGAACGGAAACAGAGGGAGGAUGGUGAAGCAAAAGGGUGGGUAUGAUACAUACUGGGGAACUGUUUUACUUUUCUAUAAGUCUACAUGUAACAGAAAACUUAAUACCACAAACUUCUUAACGAAUAGAAGCUUACUGGCCUAAUUCUAGUAAACUAGAAUAUUUGAAAAUAUGUAAGAUUUACCAUCUCUGGCAAUGGUAAAACAAUAUAAAAAUAUCAGAUGCUAGCAUCAACAGUAAA